UUGUUUAGUCUAGUCUAUCUUUCUUUUCCUCUCUUUCCCACUCCCCCUCUUCCCACUCAUAAUAUCCUUCAUUCAUUGCCCUGUCUCUUUUCUCUCCCAUUAUUGAUAAUUUCAUCUUUGAUAUGCUUUUACCCCCCACAUCAACUGAAGCUAAGCAACUUACACUUACUCCACACCUCCAAAAUCUGUUCUUCAUUCUUUAUAAAUAUGAUGGGUGAAUAUGUGAUUCAAAAUUCUUUUAACUAAGAUUGAAGUUGGUUGAAGAAUCAAAGUAGGGAGAGAAUAGAGAGAUUUUGGUGGAGGAGGAGGAGAAAGAGGAUAAUCUAAGGAUGCCAGUUCCUCUUGCUCCAUAUCCUACACCUCCAGUACCUUUCACUCCACCAGCUAAUGGAGCACAGAGUCAAUUAGUAUGUUCAGGAUGUAGAAACUUGCUACUCUAUCCUGCUGGAGCUACUUCUGUAUGUUGUGCCGUAUGCAAUGCUGUUACUGCUGUCCCACCUCCAGGGACAGAGAUGGCCCAACUAGUAUGUGCAGGAUGCCACACUCUCCUAAUGUACAUUCGAGGAGCAACUAGCGUACAAUGUUCUUGUUGUCAUACCGUUAAUCUAGCUUUGGAAGCAAAUCAAGUUGCACAUGUGAAUUGCGGGAAUUGCAGGAUGCUAUUGAUGUAUCAAUAUGGGGCACGAUCUGUAAAAUGUGCGGUCUGCAAUUUUGUCACUUCAAUUGGGGCUUCAGCAAGUACACCAGAACACAAGUUCAAUAACAGUUGAAGAUACCACAUAAUUAUCAGUACUAUUCGGCAAUUUACAAUCACCAAAUGAAGGGGGUUGGCAUUGAUUUUCUCGUAUAUAGAGUUUAAUAUAUUUUUUUCUUGUUUUUCUCUUUAGAUUUUUUCCAUGAGAAAAUAAGCGAUUUUCUUGACUAUAUAGUCAAGUUUCGCCUAGUGGUUAUUAUGAUAAAAUUAUUAUGUACGAGGGCAUAUUAAAUAGGUUACAAGAUAGUGGUUUGUAUGAAAGAAUCUGAAAAUUCGACGGUUUUUCAUUUUCUAAAGCAUGAUUAUUGGCGUUCA